GCUUUCCUUUUGCUCGCAACAAGCAAGCAGUGUAGCGGUUUCGUAUAUCGUUGCUUGUACUUCCCUACAUAUGUGGUUGGUGUUUGUAUGUGUACGCGAUUUUUCGUAAAGGAAAAAGGCAACUCGUCGUCGAUACUGGCCAGCAAAGAGUCGAGCGAAGCGAAAAGACCGAACGCGAGCAGUCAGUCAGUCAGCCAGCCACUAGAACCGAAUCGAGUGGGGAGAAGAGAAAGAAAUAUUCACAAAUCCAAAAUGGACGAACUCUUGGUGGAAGUAUGCGGCGAAAACGGAGCCAAUUAUAAGGGAGUUGUCACGGAUGUGUUUGAGGAUGGAGUUAUGGUGGCAUUCGAAAAUGACUGGCAGGAAGAAUCCAAGUUUCUGUUCAAUCAAGUCCGUCUACCUCCGGCCGAAACGCCGACAACUUUCUGCGAACACAUGGAAGUCGAAGUGUAUUCUCGGUCUAACGAGAACGAAGCGUGCGGCUGGUGGCGAGCGGUCAUCAAGAUGAUGAAAGGUGACUUUUUCGUGGUGGAAUAUCUCGGUUGGGAUAAUAGCUAUACGGAAAUCGUAUCCGCCGAUAGGCUACGGGUGAAAAACAUAAAUCCUCCGAUCAACGAUAAGACCUUUUUCCGAUUCGAAAUCGAUGUGCCGGAAGACAUUCGAGAAUAUGCCAAAAUCGACGGCGUACACCGGGAGUUCCAGAAGGCAAUCGGUGCAGCCGAAUGCCGGUACGUCCCGGAACGAGGCACGCUGUUAGUAAUAUCACGUAGUGAAUCAACGCAGCGACGAGCAACCAUGAUACAGGAGAUGUGUUUCCGAAACUUAGGCCAAAAGGUGAUGCUCCUGAAACGAACGGAAGAAGCUGCCAGGCAAUUAGAAUCUACAAAACUACACAAUUCGGGAGGAAGUUUUACUAACAAUCAGAGAAUUUCCGCUUUUAUCGGACAAUCAAUGAAUGAGAGCAUAUAACGGAAGAAAACAAGU